AUGCACCCCCUUCGCUGUCCGCCACCCUCCGCCUCCGCCACUGCUCUGCACCCUGCCACUACCGCCCAUCUCGCGGCACCCACUCGCGCACCAGGCAGCGCUGCGGGCGGUACGCCUUGCCCUGCCAGCAGUGCGCAGUGGGUCGAGACACAACUCCAGAGGCUGCGUCCCUGGAAAGCGGGCCUGGCAACCCCAUCAACCGCGCGAACGGCGACGAGCGUGCCUGACCGCACCGACCGACAGCGGCGCCUCCCCGUCACUACUGGCCCAUCUCAAUUUCACACUGGCGCUUCGACUUCGCUGUUGCCUCUGCAGAUGCCAGCGGGACCGCUCGGCCGCCCAUGGCGAUUGCAAAUUGACGCGUCCCCGAGUGCGCGCUGUGGAUUCGUGCUCUGGCCCUCCGCCCCUCCCUAUUUCGGACGUGGCACGGGCGCGGUGCGCACAGGAACAGGGGCGCAGACGAGGUAG